AUGGACAUGGAGAUCGAUCCUCCCAAGUCAUCCGAGCAGCAACCCAAAGCCGAAGACUUGUUUAAAGCCGCUGAGGCUGGUGAUGCUUCGGUGUUCAAAUCGCUCUCUCAAAAGCAGCUUGCCGAAGCUUUGUCUCUCAGGAACGAUGACGCCCGCUCCGUCCUCCACGUCGCCGUCUCUUCGAGUAACUCUGAGGUGGUGAAGGUACUACUAGCUGCUGAUGAAUCAAAAAAUGUGAUAAACAGUGUGGAUGAAGAUGGAUGGUCACCGCUUCAUUCUGCGGCCAGCAUUGGGAAUUCUGGAAUAGUUGAGCUGUUGCUAAGCAAAGGAGCUGAUGUUAAUUUGAAAAAUGGUGGGGGUCGCUCUCCUCUUCAUUAUGCUGCCAGCAAGGGAUGGUUGGAGAUUGCUCAAAUUUUGAUCUCACAUGGAGCAAAGGUUAAUCUGAAAGACAAGGUUGGUUGCACCCCAUUGCACCGGGCAGCUAGCACUGCGAAAUCACAGUUGUGUGAACUUUUAAUUGAGGAAGGCGCAGAGGUUGACGCUGUUGAUAGAUUGGGUCAGACUCCUCUUAUGAGUGCAGUGAUUUGCUAUAACCAAGAGGUUUCUCUCCUUCUAGUAAGGCACGGAGCAGAUGUUGAUGUGGAAGACAAGGAAGGAUACACUGUGCUUGGUCGAGCUUCAAAAGAAUUCAGACCACUAUUGAUUGAUGCUGCUAAGGCCAUGCUCGAAGGAUGA